CAACACCGAAGGAAACACACACAGGCCCAUGGCCGAAAUGUCAGGUAACGUAAAUUGCUGCUGCUACCUAGCAAUGUAGUGUAGAUCAGUUGGUCUCUAUUGCCCACCUUCUAUUAGCCGGCGAGAACCAGCUGGCCCGAGUGAUACGGGAGCUGAAGGAACUUAUCGGGGGAAAAUGGAAGGCGGUGGCCCGGGAACUGGAAUUCAGCACCACAGACAUCGACGCUAUCGUGUGCAGAGACGAGCACGACCUCAAGGAACAGAUCCACCGUUUCUUCGAGCAGUGGAAGAUGCGUGAAGGACGCGGUGCCUCUGUCCAAAAGUUGAUCGAAGCAGUGAGAGCAGCAGGUCUACGGACCAUACUAGAUGAUCUUCAACGUGCACUCCCAGAGUUGGAGUCUACCGAUAGUCCUGAAACCGGCGAUGGUCGGGAGAUAGGUUGUCUUGCUUUUGAGUGUCCAGGAGAUGUCGCUGGCUUUGUCAUUGGAAGAGACGGGAAGAAUCGCAGAGUUGUAGAAUCAAAGACAGACACAAGAAUCAGGGUUGAAAAGAAGGAAGUUGACACGGCAGCCAACACAAGAGUAGUCAUAAUGGGCGAAAAGGAGAACUGCAAGAAGGCUCUGUUUCUCAUCGUCCAGAACCUUCGUCGCAAGACGGCUCUACAUACAGCGACCACUGAGACAAUCGAUAUACCGAGUCAACAUUGUGGACGAGUCAUUGGUCGGAAGGGGGCAAAUGUUAGGGCCAUAGAAAACCUGACUGGCACUAGAAUCAACAUUGAGCAACUCAAGGGCCUGGACGUCUUCCUAAACUUUGAGGCCGUCGCUAAGUGUAAGAUUACAGGGUCAGCCGAGCAGAUUGAGAAGGCCAAGGAGAUGGUCAGAAAGUCAGUGGAGGGUAGCGACAUCGCUGGGGCUGCCUUUAUUGCUGCAUUCAUGUUGAAGUUCAUGAAGGAAAUGGGGGCCGAAGGGUACACUUUUGGCAAUGGAAUGCCAGAUGUGCCUGUCCUGGACAUUCCAGUGGGUACGACAGAUGAGAGUCCAGUGGCAAUGACAGACGAGAGAGCUCAACAGAUCAUAGACAAAGCAAUGGAGUCAGGUAGUCUGCAGCAGAGGAAUGUGGUGGGAGUUAUUACAGGUCUGAUGGGAGCAGGGAAGACCACUCUCUUGUUCCAUCUUUUUGGCCUGGCACCCCCAGACCUGUAUACAAGCACAGGUGUUACAGAGCGGUCAUUUCGAGGUUUGCUCCGCCAUAUUAUGCAUCUUGUGGGUGGAGCAUGGAAGCGACUCUCUUAUGAGAACAUUCGUGAGUUUCUCGCCCCUCUUAUCCAAGUUGGAAUGAAGGAGGACAAUGUUCACCAUCUUGCUGUUAGCAUUAUGCAUGCUGUGGCUGAAUCUUCCCCUACCACUUUGCAGGAGAGUCAAACCUGCCAGAAAAUGAUUCCACUAGUCAAAUCAGCCACAGGAGUAGACCGUAGUCUCGUACUAGAACUAGUCCACAUGAUAGACACAGGCGGUCAACCUGAGCUAAUGGAAGUGAUGCCGUCACUCGUCCACCACGCCAACCUUGGAAUAGUCGUGGUCAGUCUUGAGCGUGGUCUCAAUGAGCAUCCCGAGGUUCAUUAUCAUGAAAAAGGGAAAAUGUUUUCCGCGUAGACUCUCUUCUCAGUACUCUGAAAGAGAUGUUAUCCUGAAGCUUGCUUCCACCUUCCGAGUCAAGAAAUAUUCUCAGGAAGCUUUUCGCCUUCUCAUUGUAGCUACACAUCGUGAUUGUGUCAAAGGUAACUUACAGACUCAUGUAGAAGUACUCAACCGUGAGUUGCGGAGCAUCUUACUUCCUACCUUUAAAGACGAGCUCAUUCUUUUCAAAUCACCUGAUAAAAUAGCCUACGUCUUGAACUUAAACAAUCCAGAUGAUGAUGACCGAAAGGUUUUAAACCUGAUACGCGAAGAAGUUGGAAAACCAGGUUCUGGAAAGAGCUUUGCUACACCCACGUCAUUUUUUGUCUUCGAGCAAGACCUGAUCCAGUUUGCUGAAACUGACAAAAAGCGCGAUAUCUUGACCCUUGAGGAAUGCAAGCUGGUUAGUGCAAAACUUAAAAUGAGUGAUGAAAUGGUGGAGGCUGCUUUGGUCCUGUUACAUCGCCAGAACACCUUCCUUUACUUCAGAGAUAUUCUACCAGGUCAUGUGUUCAUUAAUCCGCAGGUCCCCCUGGACAUUGUCAACGAAAUAGUUCAUUUCAUGUACAAAGUGAAUAAUGGUGAGUUUGACAACUUCCCUAUGAAACUUGUGACUCAACUAAACAAUGGUAUUGUCACAGAAGAAUUACUUAGCUAUGGCAAGAUUUCACCCCACUUUCAAAAAGGCAUCUACGAGGUUAAAGAUGCUAUUAAGCUGUUUUGUCAUAACUUCACUUUAGCUCCACUUUACCCUGAAUUCCCUGUUGAUAAUAAAAAGCAAGAGUACCUGAUGAUGUGUUUGAAGCCUGCUAUUUCUGAACAAGAACUCCAUGAUUAUUUUCCCAAAACAUCUCACACUGUUCCACUAGUCGUCAAGUUCAGCAGUGGCUGUGUUCCUCUUGGCUGCUUUGGUAGCACCAUCUCCUGUCUUCUCUCCACGUAUGGUAUGCAAGUCACCACGAAAAGUGGCGUACCAAAAUGCCUUGCCCACAACAUUGCCUCCCUCCAUGACCCAGAGCUUGUUGUAGACAUUGUUCUUGUUGACUUUACCCGACAUCUUGAAGUUCACAUUAGUUUGGAUGAUAGCAUUCACAGUUCAGCUGCCAACAUUUGCAGUGAAAUAGGUAUGAAAGUAUUAGGUGCAGUCCAGAUAGUUAUUGAAAGAAUGCAGCUUGACAUUGAAGUUACACCUGCCGUUGUUUGCACUUGCACCAAAGAAAAACAUUUUGCAGAAUUUGGAAAUAAAUGUCUACUUCGCUGCUGCGGAAUCUACCACAUAUAAACCAGAUGCCAAACAACUUUUGUGGAUGAAUGAAGAUGCAAACUCAAAGCCAGACCUUCCUGAAAUGUUAAGACUCAAAAUCCCAGAAAAAGUUGGAGCCAAAUACGCAAGUUUUGGAACACUUCUCCUCAAUGAUACGACAGGUGCCCAAGUUGAGGGCAUUGAAUUUGAAUGUCAUUUCCAAACAAACUGUAUCGUACUGAAGAUUCUUCGAUGUUGGCUAAGAUCAGAGCCUACUCCAGUGACCUGGCAAAAUCUUAUAAAAGUUCUGGAACAGUCUGAUCUCCAUUCACUGGCUGAUGGCAUAAAAGCCCACGCUCAGAAGCUACACACUGCCUACAAAGCACAUAGAUAA